CGCGGAGGCCCCGGGCCCCGGCGGUGAGCGAGGCCGGUAGGUUUGCGUGGCGCUGGAGCGGCUGCGCCGUCUCACGGGGUCUGCGAGUCCGGACUUUUUCUAAGCUUGUUUAGAAUAAAAUCAGUCUCUCUCUGGUCUCAGACGCCACUUGUUAGAGCCUUUUCUCCUCUCGGGACGUUGGUCCUGGGCUCCGCGGGGGACGGUCACUUAGUAAGUCAGGUAAAUGCCCCACCGCCGCUGUGCGCCCGAGACCAGUAGGGUGCAGGGCGGGCAAGGGCGGGUUCGUAACUGAGUGUGAGGCGCAUUUAUUCCUGUGUUAUUAUUUGUAACUAUUGCAUUAUUUUCCGUACAAACCACUGUAAACCUCCUUUCGCGCACCCUGUGUGACUGUCAGCCGUAGUGGGGGUGGCAAUUCUGGCAGAUGCUGUCGCAUUGAAAGAGUUGCUUGCAUGCCAGGCACACUCUAAGGAAGGGUGAGAGUCAUAUUCAUAAAAGAACACAAAAAUCACUGCUUUUUAGAAAAAUUAGGAAUUUUUGUAAUACAUCUGUUAAGCAGUUUAUAACUUUUCAUUGCUUUAAAAGAUAACCUUUUCUGUUUUCCUUUUUAAAAUGUUUCUAGUUGAUUUUUUUUAGAGGGAGAUAGAGGCGGAGCGGGGGGGAGAGAGAGAGAGAGACAGAGACACUUGAUUAGUUGCCUCUCGGGGGCAAAACCUGCAGCCGGGGCCUAUGCGCAUGCGCCCUGACCAGAACCGAACCCGCCGCCUUUUGGCCUUUUGUUGCCGGGACACCGCCCAACCAACAGCCUCACUGGCCAGGGCCAAAUGAUGAUCUUAAAUUGUUUCACACACUUCUCAGGAGACUUUAACUCCAUUUUAUAUCUUCGAAAAAUAGUAUAAAUGCAGAGGUUGGAACAUGCGAUAUGUACAUUUAUUCUACUUUUCACGUCUGUGUAGCAAUUCCAGUCUGAUGUCAGGCUCCAGUGUUAUUUAGCAGUGUGCUUAGCACCUGAAGCAUUAAUAUACCUGUUAUCAUUAAUGUCUCUUACUGAGGCUUCCUACCUAGAAUUUUUGGGUGCAUGGAGCUGUUUUUUAAAAUUUAUUUAAUAUAUCUUCAUUGAUUUCAGAGAGAGGAAGGGAGAGGGGCAGAGAGAUAGAAACAUCAAUGAUGGGAGAAAUCGUCACUGACCAGAUGCCCUCCCGCGCCCCCCACUAGGGAUCGAGCCCAUAACCCAGGCUCCUGGCCCUACCGGGAAUAUUGAACCGCGAUCUCCUGGAUCCUAGGUCCAUGCUCAACCCCUGAGCCACACCCGGCCGGGCGGAAUUUGGGGUUCUUAACACAGCGUAGUCAAUGAUUCUCAGGCUAAAUUGUAAUCUGUAAGGUCAGGGCAUAGCUUUUAUCUUUGUUUUUUAUCCUUUCAGUGCUAGCCAUUUAAUUGGUACUUAGUAAACAAUUGGAGUUUAAGGGGGCAGGCUGUUAUUUUGUUAAAUUCAAGAAAAAGAAGGUGAAGUUUAUCUGUCCAUGUAGAAUCCCCUCAGUGCAUCAUGGUCCCACUUGUCCAGUGUCAAUGCUCAGGUUCACAUCCCAGCUUCUCUGUUUACUGGCUAUAACUGCUUUGGGAAAAUUAUUUCACAUUAUCUGUACCUUAGUUUUCUCACCUGUAAAAUUAGGAUUCUAACACGAGGAUCUCACAGGGUUGAUGGGCGGGUUUAGUGAGCAUAGACUUGAGAAACUUCUAGAAAAGUAUUGGGCUUAUAGUAAAUGCUGUGAGUGCAAGUAGCUGUUAAAAUUGGAUAUUUCUGACCAUUUAUUAAAUGCCUCUCCCCUCUCCCCCAAAUUUAGGAGCUUAUGGCAAAAAAAGUGGCCGUAGUAAAAAAUGGAGGGAGAUGCUGAAGCUGCCCACUGUUGGCCAGAGCAAGGUGCUCAGACAUUCCAUGGAAAUGGAUUAUAGGAGUCUUUGUGACAAGCAGCCAAUAGGAAGACUUCUCUUCCGACAAUUCUGUGAUACCAAGCACCACCUGAAGAGGUGCAUUGAGUUCCUGGACGCGGUGGCAAAGUAUGAAGCCGCUGCUGACGAGGACCGAAGAGAGAGCGGACUGUUAAUCUUAGACACAUUCUUCAUCCACGAGAGCUCGGCACCCCCUUUACCACAGAUGCCUCACCAUAUGGUGAGAAGGUGCAGGUUGCAACUGAAGGAAAGCCCCUCCAAAGACGUCUUCAAGGAAUGCACCAGAGCUGUCCAUAGCUAUUUAAGUGGAAAACCGUUUGCAGAAUACCAGGAAAGCCCAUACUUUUCUCGGUUUUUACAGUGGAAGUGGCUGGAAAGGCGACCAGUAACAAAGAAAACAUUUAGAUAUUACAGAGUUCUAGGAAAAGGUGGGUUUGGAGAGGUUUGCGCCUGUCAAGUGAGAGCUACAGGGAAAAUGUAUGCCUGUAAAAAGCUAGAGAAAAAGAGAAUUAAAAGGAGGAAUGGUGAAGCCUUGGCACUAAACGAGAAGAGAAUCCUAGAAAAACUACAGAGUCGAUUUGUAGUGAGCCUGUGCUACACUUACGAAACCAAAGACUCCCUGUGCUUCGUGCUGACCCUUAUGAAUGGAGGAGACUUGAAGUUCCACAUCUACAACCUGGGCAACCCCGGCUUUGAAGAGCACAGAGCGGUUUUCUACGCCGCAGAGCUGUGCUGUGGCCUGGAGGACCUUCAGAGGGAGAGGAUUGUGUACAGAGACUUAAAGCCGGAUAAUAUUCUCCUCGAUGAUUAUGGACACAUCCGGAUUUCAGAUCUUGGUUUAGCCAUGGAGAUUCCGAAAGGGCAGAUGGUUCAAGGAAGAGUUGGAACAGUCGGCUACAUGGCUCCUGAAGUUAUCAAUAAUGAGAACUAUACCUUUAGUCCUGACUGGUGGGGACUUGGCUGUGUGAUAUAUGAAAUGAUUCAGGGACAUUCUCCAUUCAGAAAAUUCAAAGAGAAAGUCAAACGGGAGGAGGUGGAGCGGCGCGUGAAGGAGGACCCUGAGGAGUAUUCCAAGAAGUUCUCGGAGGACGCCAAGUCCAUCUGCAGGAUGUUACUUACCAAGAAUCCCACGGAUCGCCUGGGCUGUACAGGUGAUGGAGCCGCUGGCGUGAGACAGCACCCUGUGUUCAAGGACAUUAACUUCCAGCGGCUGGAAGUACACAUGGUAGAGCCACCAUUCUGCCCUGACCCACGUGCGAUUUACUGUAAGGACCUCCCGGACAUCGAUCAGUUCUCCACGGUGAGAGGUGUCUACCUGGAACCCACAGACCACAUCUUCUACAGCCAGUUUGUUACGGGUUGUGUCCCCAUCCCCUGGCAGAAUGAGAUGAUUGAGUCGGGAUGUUUCAAGGACAUCAACGAAAUUGAAGACAAGAAAAUGGCAAUGUAUCUAGAAAACAGAAGCUGCCAGCCGGUUCCCAAAGCCAAGAAAAGGCGAAGCUUAUUCCGGAGGCUCCUCAGGAGAGGGGGCUGCGUUAGUUAACCCCGGAGCUGGCGAGGAGGAGCCGCCUCGGCCGUGCCGCUCCCUGCGCAGGGGCAGAGCCAGCCCCAGGCCCGGAGCUGCCUGUGUUCGUCCUCUGUGACUUGCAAUAAACAGGCUUGACGCAUCUUAAAACGUGCCGCGAGUCUGCAAGUUUGUCUACAUUAAUAGCUGAGUUGUCUUUUCUACAUCACAUGCUCUGAUUCUCACUCGCCCACUGGGUCACCUAAAGCUGGAUUGAAAAAAGGUCACGCGAGGACUGCUGUGACAUCCCGAAACCCCAGGCGUGGACACCGUGUGGCGGGGCUCGCGCUUCUGCGGGAGUCCAUUUAAAUGACUGCUCAGAACAAUGACUGUGUCUUGUCUUUUGCAGUGUGUGUGUGUGUGUAUUUUUGUAGAAUCAACGAGCUCGGCAAUAAUGCCCUCGGGUCGGGUGGGCACCACCAAAGUGCCCUCAGGGGCUGCUGGUCCAGUCAUUUGUGUGUGUGUGUGUACGUGUGUGUGUGUCCGGCUCUGCUUCACGAAACGUUUCCUUCUUUCUCUGGCCAGGCCUCGCCGCACAGACUCCCAUCUGGUCUUGCAUUCAGGGCAGAUGCCAGGCGCCCAGCUGGAGUGCACCCCAUUUGUCGGGGGUGUGGGGGUGUGUGUCAAGCUGUUUUAAAUGUCUACGUUUCUGCCUUUCCUCCUGGGCAGGAUCGGUCACAAGUGUGUUGCUAGGCGUUCCUUUUUAGCUCCCCACCAAAACCUCUUAUGUUUCUCCCCGAGUAUUAUACACAUUCAUUGCUGAAGAUUUGAUAACUCCAGAAAAGCACACAGGUUAAGAUAUAAAUCACCUAAUUGCCCGGCCCACAGACUCACUGUUAUAAACCUGUGUGCGCAGUUUUUUAAAUUUAAAAAUAGGUUUUUAUUGAUUUUGAGAGAGGAAGGGCGAGGGAAGAGGAAAACAUCCGUGUGAAAGAAGCUCCGUCGGGGGCCUCUCGCGGGGUUGGAGCCCACAGCCCAGGCAGGUGCCUGUGGGUCGAACCCACCACCUCCCGGAGCUCGGUCCAGUGCUCAGCCCACUGAGCCACACUGGCCGGGUGUGUGGUGUUUGUUUUAAAAAAGGCAGGAUCGUGCUGCACACAGUUGUGAAACCCGCGAACGCGCUGUAGCCUUUCCCCGUGUCACGAGCGCUCCUCCGAGAACCAGCGCGGUUUGCUGUCCGGCGGGUCUGUCGCGACGCCUUUAGCCCACCUCCUGUCCGGCGUGCGUGCCGUUUCCUUCUGUCCUAGGUGUUGCUGUAGGCAGUGACCGUCCUCGCGCACACACGAUUGCUCUCCUAGGAUGUCACUGGGAGUGGCUUUGCGGCUCGGGCUGUGCCCGUCGUCGGAGACACCGUGCCAGGUUGCCCACCCAGCUGUGUUAGUGAAUCUUUGCUGUUUUUGGACUAUGCCAAGCUUUUCUCUGAACUUAAAAACCUGCCUUCUUGGCAUUCCCUUUCUGUAAGGCUUCCUUAUAAAAUUCCUUGUCCAGAUUACAGUAAGUUCUGGGCAGAUAACUCUGCUGUGGCUGAAGCAGCCAUGAUCUGUUGUGACAUAAGGUCUCAGUGAUCCAUCGCCUCUCUGGACUGAUUAGAAUUUGGUUCAGGAGCAUUUCAACAUAAUAAUCCAAAGCAACAGUGGCUUAAACAAAGUAGAAUCCAUUUCCCCUAGACUUUCAUGGGAUGGGCAGGCCGGCUGGCGUGGCAUCGCCCGCUCCUGGCUCCGUCGUCCCAGGACAUGCUGUUCACCCUCUUGACCCAAAACAACUGCUCCCGUGACAACCAGCGCCCCGUAUUUCAAGUUCUGUUGCACCGAAGCACUCGUUUCAAUUGUGCCUCCCCAAGAUCUCGCCCUGGUCAGAGGUCAGUCCUUGGCGCCCCAGCACAGCUGACAUCGACGUGGCUAACUGUCCCGUUCUAGUCUGUUUUUCUUGACGUUUUGUGAUGGCGUCUCCGCUGGCUGUGAGACCGUAUGAAGUCGUUUGUGUGGUCUGGUAGGUACUGUGUUCUCAGCACCGCCUGGUCCUGAGCACUGGUCAUUCCCGGUGCUGUGCUUGGCAGAGGAGUCUCUCCAAGUUGUGUGUGUGUGAGCGUGUGUGUGUGAGCA